AACGAAAAUAAUUAUAACCUAAAAAACAAAUGUCACUUUGUUUUGUUCAUUAAAGUUCUUGCUUUAAAUUCUCCUAAGUGUUAGAAAAGUGUAUUUGAUCUGCUUGUAGAUGUUUACAAAAUACUAAUCAAUCAUGAGUGUUUUAAGUUAAGAGUUCUCGACGAAAACCAGAUUUUUAAGUCAUAACUAGUUUCAGCAUGAUACCACGUUCAUGUAUAUUAUUAGGCAAUAUUUAUUGUAAUUCUUACUGCACUGGCCAACUUAUCUUAAAACGGCACCUUAAUUUUACGCACUGCAAAAGUAGUAACUUACGAAAGUUUCAAAGUGAACUGAAGUCAUUGGUGCAAACACUCUGCACCGUUCGAACGCUAGCCAGCGAUAAACAAAACAAAGAAAGCCCUACACCUGAGAAAGCGAAGGAGGUGAAUCUUGACAACAUAAAAGAGAAGAGUUUGGAGAAGCCGAAUUUAAAACCGACCGAAUCCUUACAGAAACUGAAGGAUAAGAUCCUCUCAAAGAAGGAUGAAACGAAAAGUGAGACCGUCAAACCGCCACCGAAGAAACGUGCGAGAGUGGACCUCUCGGCGGCAUCCGUCGAACGUAACUUCAUUACCCCUGUCAAGGCUAUGUCUGAUUUUCUCUUGAAACCGUCCGAUCUUGAAUCUCUGCCGAAGACUAAGCGUCGUUCUCCGUACGAAAACGAGCCGCCUAUAACUGUGUAUUGGCGGAAGGACGUCGAAGCGAAGGCUCUGGAGCUAUGGGGUUCCAAGGAGAAUCUUGCAAAGGAGGUACUUAAACGAGACAUUGAACGGAAGAAGUAUCAACAAGAUAUCUUCACCGUUAAAAGGCGCCUGCGGGAUUUCCGCCGCGAAUUGGGGAAGCCUACAAAUGUAGAAGAGGCUGAUGAAGGUUUGAUGGGUCGAUCUGGCAAAGUGGUGAUAACUGCAAUUGCAAUAAAUGCCACCAAUUGCUUGUUCAAGCUAUUCGCUUGGUUGUAUACGGGUUCGCACAGUAUGUUUUCAGAGUGCAUUCAUUCGCUCGCUGACACGAUAAAUCAAAUUAUACUGGCGUACGGGAUUCACAAAUCUGUGCAGAUUGCAGAUUCGUAUCAUCCGUACGGUUAUGCCAAUAUGAAGUAUGUCGCCUCACUUAUAUCGGGUGUUGGUAUUUUUUGCGUCGGUACAGGAUUGUCGUUUUAUCAUGGCAUUAGUGGUUUAAUUGCAUCACAGCCCAUUGAGGAUUUCUUUUGGGCAUACUUUAUAUUGGCAGGUUCUCUAGUCUCCGAGGGUGCUACAUGUCUUGUUGCCCUUAACUCUGUUAGAAAGGGUGCUCAUAAUUCAAACAUGAGUAUAAGAGAAUAUAUUACCAGAGGACAAGAUCCCAGCGUAAACGUCGUCUUGCUAGAAGAUUUCGCUGCAGUUGUUGGUGUCCUUGUAGCGGGCACCUGUAUGGGAAUCUCCUCGUGGACUCACAGUCCCAUUCCAGACGCUUUAGGAUCCUUGUUGGUUGGGUGCAUUUUAGGCUCUGUCGCUUCUUUCAUAAUUUACACCAACGUAGCUGCGCUUGUAGGAAGAUCGAUACCGCAAGAAAAUUUAGACAAAAUUAACGCCGAAUUGGAAACGGACGUCAUGAUCAGAGCAAUACACGAUGUUAAAGGUAUCGACAUGGGUAACUUUUUGGUUAGAUACAAGGCCGAGUUGGAUUUUGACGGUAGGGAAUUGACCAGAAUGUAUCUCGAUAAGUUGGAGUUAACUGCUCUGCUAGAAGAAAUAAAGAAGUUUGAAAACAUAGAUCAACUGGAGGAGUUCAUGUUGAAGCAUGGCGAAUCGAUUGUGGAUAUGAUGGGAGGUGAAAUCGAUAGGAUAGAAAUGAAAUUACGGAAAAACCAUCCUGAAAUAAGGCACUGUGAUUUGGAAAUUCUGUAAAAUCUCCAGCAAUCCAAAGGUGUAAGAAAAAUUUUAUUCGCUGUAGUGAAAUUUAACGCAUAUAAACAUAUUUUUUAUUUAUUGUUAUUGUUAUUUUUUUCAUUUAACAACUCCCUUAUUACUUGUAAGCCUGUUACUUUUUUUUAUAAUAAAUACAAUCUUUAUUUUUA